AUGGAAUUCAAGAAAGAAAUUCCUGAUUUCAAAGAGCGAAGAAAUGAAUUUGAAAGAAUUUUAAAUAAUCACCCGAAUAAAAUUCCAAUAAUUUUGGAACCUGCGAAAAAAACCAAGAAUGCAAUUACUAUUAAGCAGAACAAAUUUUUAGUGCCCAAGCUGUUUACGUUCCAUGAAUUCUUGUUCCAGGUAAGGAAAAGAGUGGGAUUGUCAAGCGGAGAAAGCUUAUAUGUGGCUGUGGCUGGAUUUUAUUUUCCUUCUUUGGAUAGGACUAUGAUGAGCAUUUAUGAUGAGUUUAAAGAUUCUGAUGGAUUUUUAUAUGUUAAUUUUAGCUCUGAAGCUGUUUGGGGGUAA